GAUUUAUCUUUAGUGGGCGUCCACAAUAUCAAGUUCAAAGUCGAGUUUUUAUUAGUUUAAUAAAUACAUGUUUCAUUUCUACAUUUCAUAAGUGGCAAAAUAAUAAAAAUGGCACGGUGGAAAAUCAACAAGAAAUUACUUCCUAUUAAAGCCCAUUAUUUUUUCUUCAUGGCGUCAAUGGGACCAAUUUUGCCGCAACUAACCGUUUUCGGAAGAGAAAUGGGGAUUUCCCCGCUUGUUAUGGGGACUGUAACCGGAAUUUUGCCUUUAAUAUUUUUAGUGGCCAAACCGAUUUUUGGAAUGGUCGUUGAUGUUUAUAGAAAUUACAGAAAAGCAAUUUUUAUGGGAAUAAUUUUGACGAUGAGCAUCUCGUUUGGGUUAUUUUAUAUAAUUCCGACUAGAUCGAUAAAUACGUUCGAGAAAACAUUGAAUUGCGAAGAAGCAACUUUAUGCAAUGUUUCAAUGAUUCAAUAUUCUUGUAAUAACACAAAAGGAGUGACGUGUUAUUGUUAUGGACAUACCGAUUAUAAAUUUACUGGAUUAUUAAUAAACAAUAAUGGCAGUAAUGACGAUCUUCACGUGUGUUACGAUACUUAUCCAAUUUUUUGUAACGCAACUUGUAAUUUACAUUGUAUCGAAGACGUUGAAAUUCACAGUAAUUGUUUGUAUUCAACGCCCGAGUUUUGGAUGUUUUUGAUCUUUAUGGCAAUUGGAAUGAUUUCAUUUAAUGUGACGAACUCGUUGAGUGAUGCAAUUUGUUUUGAUGUAAUAGGUUUGGAUCACGAAUACGGAAAACAAAGAGUUUGGGGAACAAUAGGUUUCGGUUCGACCGCCUUAAUAUCCGGUUACAUCGUCAAUCUUUUCUCCACCAACGCAAUAUCUUACAAACCAGCAAUAAUCUGCAUGUUAAUUUUUGUUUUAUUCGAUUUAAUAGCUUGUUUUAAGUUAAAGCUCCCUGUAAUCGAAUCACCCAAAAACAUCUUCAGAGAUUUAGGUCGCUUACUAAACAACAGCGAUACCAUCGUAUUCAUAUCUUUUUCUGUUUGUGCUGGAGUAGUUGAUGGAUUUAUAGUGUUCUUCUUAUUUUGGUAUCUCGAGGAUUUAGCCCUAGCAAGCGGUACAUUGAAUAUUAAAUUAAUCGAAGGGUUAACGGUAGCGGCCGAAACUUUAAUUGGAGAGGUGGUCUUCUUUUAUAUCGGGGGUUUAAUUUUGGAACGUUUCGGGCACACAAAAACAUUCACCAUGUGCUUUAUCUUUUACGCAUUACGCUUGGGAUUAAUUUCAAUCGUUCCAAACCCUUGGUGGAUAUUAUUAAUUGAAUGCUUUAUGCAAGGCCCCACUUACGCAUUAACAUAUACGACUAUUGUGGAAUACGCUAAUGUUAUAGCCCCGCCUGGAAUGAGUGCCACUUUACAAGGAAUUGCUGCUGGGAUGGAUGACGGUUUUGGAUAUGCUAUUGGAGGGAUUUUAGGAGGGGUUAUUUAUAAAUAUUUGGGUGGUAGAUAUACGUUCCAAAUUUUCAGCACUUUCGCGUUAUUAUGCAGCUUAAUACACGUUAUUUUACAUAAAACCAUCUUAAAGAGUCAUUUUGACGAAGACGACCGAAAGGAUGUUGUUUAUCAUGUAACUGAACAAUCUAAUUUAAUGACAGAAAAUAAUCAAAAAAAAUUGGAACAUAAUACACAAAAUGUACAACAAAAUGUUCAAGAAAAUCAACAAAAAGAUCUUCAAAAUGUUCAAAAACUGGAACAAGUCAC